CGCAGACCUCGGGCUCAAACACCCUGUUGUUUUCGCCCGCCCCUCCGACCCGCCAACCCUGGGCCAUUGUUUUGUCUCCUCGCCCGGAUCGCGGGUGGGAGGCGAGGAACGCUGGGGUUGUGAAGCCGGGCGGCGUGCCAGCUGCGCGGCCUUCGGCCCCGGGGGCAGCGGGGCCGGCCGCGCCUCCUCGGCUGGCUGUGAGAUCGCCCGGGUCCCCUGUGGCCGCCAUGGGCUCGCGCGGCUCCCACGCCGCCGUCAUUCCCGACGUAGACAUCAUCCGGCGGGAGACCGGCUUCUCGCAGGCCAGUCUGCUCCGCCUGUACCACCGGUUCCGUGCCCUGGACAGGAACAAAAAGGGCUACCUGAGCCGCAUGGACCUGCAGCAGAUUGGGGCGCUGGCUGUGAACCCCCUGGGAGACCGCAUUAUCGACAGCUUCUUUCCGGAUGGGAGUCAGCGAUUGGAUUUCGCUGGCUUCGUCAGGAUCUUGGCUCAUUUUCGACCUGUGGAUGAGGAGGACCCAGGAAUGCGGGACCCCAAGCAACCAGAACCCCUCAACAGCAGAAUGAACAAGCUUCGUUUUGCAUUUCAGCUCUACGACUUGGACCGAGAUGGGAAGAUCUCCAAGCACGAGAUGCUGCAGGUGCUCCGGCUGAUGGUCGGGGUGCAGGUGACAGAGGAGCAGUUAGAAAGCAUCGCGGAGCGCACGGUGCAGGAGGCUGAUGAAGACGGGGACGGAGCUGUGUCCUUCCUGGAGUUCGCCAAGUCUCUAGAAAAGAUGAACAUUGAGCAAAAAAUGAGCAUCCGGGUCCUCAAGUGACCCCAAGCUGCCUUUGGUCGACCUGUGCAGCCCAGCAUCUGCUUGGGAUUCGUUCUCAACCCCA